GUUUUUCAGAAAGCAACCUGGCCGCUUGAGAGCUCUUGACAGUCUGUCGAACUAAUGUACGAAAUCCUCUACACUCUCACAUGUGAGUGAGGGCUUGGUUGAUUGCUCCAAUUUGCAUUGGGCAGGGUAGCCCCAUGCCGUUGGAUGACGUAGCCAUAUCCUGUUCAAUACCUGAAUGCUUGCGUACUUUCUGCAAUCGUCUGCAUCAAAACGAUCCAUAUAGCCGCGUUUGGACAGUCGAAUGACCUUGUUAUACAUCUCUUACGACAAACUGCACAAUGAUACUUGUUGAUCAAAUACGCCAGCUGCUACAGUUUCAAGCAUCGCCAUCAAGAUGGCACCUCUUCGAGUGUUGUGAUUUACCAAUGACACCAUCAUUCAUCAAGCAUUGUUGUCAAGAUAUGCUCACGGCCCAAUGGACAAGAAAACUCCCUUUCAUACAACAGUCAGCCCCAGCAGAAUUGGCUGCUAGACUCAUACACACUUUCUUGGACGAUUUCCCGGACAUUGAUACCGAGCAAUACUUUGUCAUUGACUUUUGCUCUGGGGCAGGAGGUCCGACACCACUAAUGGAGAAGUCAAUCAACUCUGUCAGAGCCCGUGCAGGACAUCAACCAAUACCCUUCCGUCUCUCUGAUUUCCACCCGAAUUUGGAUGCAUGGAUGCCGUUGGCUGCUCACAGUGCCAACCUCAGCUUCAUUCCGCAAUCGGUCGACGCUACGGAUACCCGCCACGCACCACCCCUCGUGGUAUCUAAAACAGCAUCCCUACCGAAUCCGAAUGGCGAUCAUAAAUCUAUCCACCUUUACAGUCUGUCCUUCCACCACUUCAAUGAGGUCGACGCGCAAAAGAUCAUGACAAACACCUUGGCAACGGCAGAUGGUCUCUGUAUCCUCGAACUUCAGGAUCGAACGCUAGGAAUGCUGCUUCUUAUGACUGGAGAAUUCUUCCUUUUAUUUAUUCUCACGAUCUUCUGGUUUCCUUACUCUCCUCUGCAUCUAAUCUUUACUUAUAUCUUUCCCGUCUUACCUUUCGUACAGGCCUGGGACGGCUUAGUCAGUUGUCUUCGCACUCGCAGUUUCGAAGAAACACUAGCGCUGGCUGAAAAGACUCUGGGAGAAAAAGCUAGAGUAGUCAAAGGAGAAGAGACGGGUGUGGGAGAGAAGGUCACUGUUGCGGUGUGCGGUGAUUGGAAGUUUGUGGGUGUGAGAAGGUUGCAUACUUGGCCCUUUGGGUACAUGAACGCUUUACUCGCACAGAAGAGGGUAUAGUGAUAAUAUUGUAGCAGUAUGAAGGCACAAUAUCUUUUACAAUCUGGAC